AUGUUUCUGGAAGAACUUUUUGGUAGUUGUGUGGCCCUUUUCUCGAGUUUGAUCAUUCAAACACCGCCGAUAUCCCGAGAAAAUCUGCAAAGGGAAUACACGUUGAUAUCCGUGCAAAAUCCUGAACAAGACGAAGUAUAUGAUGGCUUAAUACACCGUGAGUAUGAACAAGAGGCACCGACAGAGGUGCCUUAUUAUGAGGAUGGAACGUUUGUUUUGAUGCAAGCUGACACAAAACGAAAUUUCUUGGAAUCAUUAAUCCGAAGUUUGAAGGCAAAUGUCGGAUUAAUAACGGCGGUUGUUGUCGUAUUAGGUUCGCUCACAGUUGGAGUCGUCUACGUGGAGUUGAAUUCAAAUGACGCUUGUGUACAAUGGAUGCAUAAAAAUCUUACUAUUCCAGCGAACGUACAGACAUUACGGAUUGUUGGAAUGUCUGUCCGAUUACUGCCGUUGUUUUCAUGGUUUCCAGCAUGCAUCACCUUGUUGUGGGGUUUCAGAGAGUUUAAAAAGAAUUACCUUGUGUGUUUAUUUUUCUGCGCGUUUGUACCAGGAUCCAUAACUUGUGUUUAUCGAAUUAUUAUGCUGGAUAAGUUUACAAAAGUCGCUUACAACCCAUACAGGUUAGUACAUCCACAAAAAAACUUGCGCUGUUUGAUUUCAUGUAAGGUAAAGCCGGUUUUUCAUUAGGCGGAAUUUUGCGCGCGGAGCGGAAUUCUUCUUUGUCUUUUGAUUUCUUGGGUGGAACUAUAUAAUUAGAAAAGACAAAGAAAAAUUCCGCUCCGCGCGCAAAAUUCCGCCUAGUGGAAAACCGGCUUAAAAGCUAUAAAAGCUAUUACAUUCAAAUACAUUUUAUUGUAUUCAGGAAAGGCUGACUUAGAUUUUGAUAUACAGCUCUAAAAAUGUCAUUUAAUAUUACGUGAGAUACAAAUUUUGAAUUUGGCGCACGCUUGAAAAAUGAGUAAAAAAUCAAGAAACAUGCAUGGCUGAUUAAAUUUAUAUGAAAACAAUUGCUAUUUUCCACAAAAAUUAACAAUUUCAAUUUUAGCAUUUCAACUCAACUUUAAUUUCGGGUAAUGUCCUAGUAUAAUUUAGGCUUUCGUGUUUCUUGGGAAGCGAAAUAAGCAUGAAACAUUUAAAAAUGUUCGAAAGCAUAUUUGAGGUCCUUUGUAUUAUAAAGUUCGUCUAACAUUUAAAAAUGUUCGAAAGCAUAUUUGAGGUCCUUUGUAUUAUAAAGUUGGUCUGCGAUCGCCUUUCGAAUAUGCCUCGAUUAACAAAAGAUCAAAGAGUUUGGGUUUUAUGGUUUCCCAUGCAAGACAUUGUAUACGUGAACAAGGACAUACUUUCUAAGACGAAUUAAUGUUUUAUAAAAUAACAUGUAUAUAACGCGUGGUCUGAUUGGUCGAAACCCGUGUUUGGAUCAGGCCAUCCAAACACGGAAAUUUAAAGUGAAAGUUUUUUAAAGUGAAAUUUUAACACGGAAAGUUGUUAUUUUAUAAAACAAUUACUUUAUGGUUUCCGUGUUUGGAUGGCCUGAUCCAAACACUUGGGAAUGUUGCUCGAGUUAAGAAAAGCGCGCAAAAUCACUCGCCUUCGGCUCGUGUUUCGCGCGCUUUUCUUAACUCUCGCAACAUUCCCGCGUGUUUGGAUCAGGCCAUCCAAACACGGAAACCAUAAAGUAAUUGUAUAAUCCAACGUUUUUCAUUCGUUCUUUUGGCCACAAUAAAACUAUUAAUAUAUCAAGUUUUAACCAAAAAAAUAAUGACAUGAUGAAAAAAAUUGACAGGCAAUUUCAUGCAAAUUUUUAACAUUGUCAAAUAUGCUUAUUCGAUUUAAAACAUCGAUAGCUCAGUAAAUGUUGCAAGGACAUUCAAAUGUUAUAUAUCAAAAUCUAAGUUAGCCCUUUCUGAAUACAAUGAAACUUAUUUGAGUGCAAUAGCUUUUAUAGUUUUUACGUUACAUUAAAUCAAACAGCGCAAGUUUUUUUUGGGACACCCGGUAGUAAACUAGUUUAUACUAGCAUAAAUACUAGUUUCCAAAUAUUCUAUAAAAUCUUGUUGAAUUUUACGACAGCCACUUGGAAGUUGAAAGUAUAGAGGGCUAAACUCUAGAAUAGUCCUCUUGAUACUAAAAUUCCAGAAUCAAUUUACUCUUUUGAAAAGAUUUUUUGAAACAGGAUGUUGAUCGGGCAUCUGCACUGUAACGUCAAUUGUAACUUUUUGUAAUGGAUGGUAAAAAACUUGCUCUUUCUCUUCUUCACCGAGUUAAAAUUGUUUGACACUCUUCGUGGAACUGGUGACGAGGCAAGGGUGAUUAAACUAGAAAAUACAUGCAUGCAGAAACCCUCGCCUCCUGACAAAACCAUUGUAUUUUCCGAACAUGAAGUAUUUAAAGUACUUGUCAUGGUAACACGAUAAUUUUUUAAGAAUAUUUUUACAAAUGAAAAAUCCCCUAAAAAUAUCACUUUAAUUACAAAAUUACCAAUUUCCCAAACAUAUCGAUAAACUUUGAUAUAAAAUGAUUUCAAAUGCUCGCAUGCAAAUAACUUUGCUUUCUUUUCUAUUUAAAAAAUUUAAUAUAAUAAAAAGGGUAGUCAAUAAAGUAUACACUGAAAUUAUAUCAUGCUGUCUUGUUUCGUUAUACGCAACGUUUAUACGAUCGGCUUUUAAAGCAAUUAUAAAGCAAACAAUACAUUGAUAUUUAAAACAAACUUACCUUCGUUAACGUCGGCGCCUUUGCUCCCUUCUUUAGCCGAUUCUUUCGCCCUUUUUUCUUAAAAAGCUUUUGAAAUUUACAAAAUCUUGCAAAAAUGAAAUAUAUUUGCAAGAAAUCAUCAAAUCAAGAAAGGUUUGCUAUUUCGCUGUCGCAGACCUGCCAACUCUCAUGAUUCCACCGUGUGUCACACGAUUUUUGUACAUUUCUCACAGUCUCACGACAUGACUCAGUUUUCUCACGAUUUUAAUUCUUUAUUUCAUUUCUUGCAAUUUACUUUGUUACCUCUACUUUAGUUUGAUACUAAGAUUUUAUUCAGACAGAAAUUACUUGUUUAUAAUUCUUAAAUUCCAGGAUUUUUCAUUUUCAUUAGUUGAAGUAAAGUUAAGUCAGAAAUUCCGAAAAAAUACGUUAGUUUCGGGCGAGAAGGUGCAGUUAGUUUUUGAUAAUUUUUUGCAGGCUAAUGCAUAAAUUACAUAAAUUAUGCAUCACAUCCCUUUAUUUAAAUACAACAUAGCGUCAAUGAAGUUCUUAUUCAACAGUUUUUCCUACUGUAUUCAUAAACGUGUUGUAAAUGUUAAAUACAGUCAAAUUAAUUCAUUCUUACUACUUUUUGUGAAAUCUCCAGAUUUUUUGUCACUAGAGAAGAAAAUGUCGGGAGUUUUUACUCGCUCAGGUUGGCAGGUCUGCAUGCUGUCGUCAUGCAGUCGUUAUAAUGCAAAUUUUAAAUUUGACCAAUCAGUGUUCGCUAUUCAUGACAGUCGGCCAUAUUUUUGAGAUCAGUGAGGAUGACCACUCAUCGUUGGUCACCCACGGCCCGCGAUCAUUGAUGAACUUUAAACUUCGCUAAUGCUUUCGUUUCUCCGCGUGUAAAUAGCAGGCGGGAAUUAGUACCCUCGCCCCGGGCUUACGCCCGGAACGGCGCUCCGCACCGUUUGCUCGGGGAUAAAGUUUUACAUUGAUUCAGUAAUUACUAAGGAGGAAGGGAAGGCAGGGCGACUUUGCAAAGUGUCGUCACUGUUUGUGACAAGUUUCUUUGUUUUUUUUUUAUAGACUACUAGCCCAUUUUCUAUUUGUGUCUUCUAUUGGCUGUGGAGCUUACCUAGUUGCUCGUAAAUUCAAGAAAGUCAACUCGACAACAUCGUACAGUGUGUUCCGCAUUUUUUUCAUUCUUUCGUUCGUUUUCCUAAGUUCCUGCUUAUUUGCCUAUAUCUACACGUUUAUUAUCAUCAAGUAUUUUAGAAAAACUGAAGGCAAAAUAAAGAAAGCCAUAAUCGCCGCAGUCACACCCGGAAUGGUUUUCCCAGUGACUGCAUUUGUAAAAUACCUUAUUCUCAGAAAGAGUUCGGAGAUUAUUACACCAGAUCGAGCUUUUGUGUUGUGUUAUUUCCUACGCGGGGGUGCAAUUGUACUAUACCGAAGUACCGAACUAUGCAGUCUGGUUUUCAAGAUAUCCGGCUUUUCGUUGGUUUAUCACUGUUACAUGGUAUCUCAAACGUUCUAAGUAAGGCAACUCUUAACGUUCGUAUAAAACUUUGGAGGUUUUUCAUAAAAUAUUUUAACAGAAUAUGCUGUGGACCAAGAUUGGAAGUACAACCUUUAAAUUCGCCACGUAUUCGUCGAUUCAACGCAGAUCUUGAAAUUCAGAAUAUCUUGUUCGAGUACACCACGGUCAUCUUAAGUCAGGCGUAUUUAGCAUGUUAUCUUGUAAUGAGCUACGAUGUUCCGUCCUGGCAAGUGAUAAAAGAUUCCUUAAUCCGGGUAGCGAUAAGUUUGGCCAUAGAUUUUGCAUUCAAUAUUAUGUCUGUGUUCAUUCAGAUUCACUUUUAUGACAUUCCGACGCAAAAGAUUUGGAUAAAAUACUGGAGACGACAUGUCAUUGCUAACGCUGUCAUGAUCAUCAUUUUUGUAGCAUAUUUUG